UUAUAAUUUUGCAUAGCUAGGUUGGUAAAAUGAUAAAUUUAUCAUAAAGAUAAUAGUAAUAUAUUUUUGAAAAAACCAGCUGCAUUGAUUAAUUGGACGUUCAUAUAUUUGGCCGAGGAAGAGGAAGAUUCUGAUAGAAUUCUGUUGUGGCAAGAUGCCGACGAUAGAGAAGAUUACCUUGGGCACCAACAGAGAAGUGAUCCGGCUGGAGCGCGAAGCUGUUAUUCCAAUCCUCAAGCCCAGGCUCACCGUCCACUUAUCCAAUCUCAUUGAACAGAGCUCCGAUCGUGCAGAGUUCUUGAAACUCUGCAAGAGAGUGGAGUACACAAUCCGGGCAUGGUACAUGUUGCAGUUUGAGGACCUCAUGCAACUCUACUCCCUUUUCGAUCCUGUCUAUGGAACGCAAAAGUUGGAGCAGCAGAACUUGUCUUCCGAAGAAAUUGACACACUAGAACAGAAUUUCUUGAGAUACUUGUUUCAGAUUAUGGAGAAAAGCAAUUUUAAGAUAGCCACUGAUGAAGAGAUUGAAGUGGCACAUUCUGGGCAAUAUCUCCUUAAUCUUCCGAUCACAGUUGAUGAGUCUAAGCUUGACAACAAGGUUUUGAAGAAGUUCUUUGAAACACAUCCUCACGAAAAUCUCCCAGACUUUGCAGAUAAGUAUGUAAUCUUCAGGCGUGGGAUUGGCAUUGACAAGACAACUGAUUAUUUUGUCAUGGAAAAAGUUGACGCAAUAAUUGCACGUCUGUGGGGGUGGUUAAUGAGAAAGACCAGAUUAGAGAAGGUUUUUUCAAGGAGGACUAGUUCAAGGCAGAAGAAGGAUCCUAAAAAAGACGAUGAAUUCAUUUCCCAAACUGAAGAUCACGAAUUAUACGUUGAACGCAUUAGACUUGAAAAUAUGGAGCUCAGUUUAAAAAAUCUGCUGAGACAAAAUACAAUUCAAGAACCUACUUUCGAUAGGAUCAUAGUUGUGUACAGGCGAGCGAGUUCAAAAACCAAAGCAGAACGAGGCAUAUAUGUGAAACAUUUCAAACACAUCCCUAUGGCUGAUAUGGAAAUUGUCCUUCCGGAGAAAAAAAAUCCAAGUUUAACUCCAAUGGACUGGGUCAAAUUUCUUGUAUCUGCAGUUGUUGGGCUGGUUGCUGUCGUAGGAUCUGUGGAAAUGCCUAAAGCUGACCUCUGGGUCAUGUUUGCUAUUCUUUCCACAGUGCUUGGUUACUGUGCUAAGAUUUACUUCACGUUUCAACAGAAUAUGGCUACAUAUCAGAAUCUAAUCACACAAUCGAUGUAUGACAAACAAUUGGAUAGUGGACGGGGCACUCUUCUUCACUUGUGCGAUGAUGUAAUUCAACAAGAGGUAAAGGAGGUCAUUAUUUGUUUUUUCAUAUUGAUGGAACAAGGGAAAGCUACUCUUGAGGACCUUGACCAUCAGUGUGAAGAACUAAUAACAGAUGAAUUUGGUGAACGCUGCAAUUUUGAUGUUGACGAUGCAGUCCACAAACUGGAAAAACUAGGCAUAGUUUGUCGGGAUACAAUUGGACGAUACUACUGUGUUGGUCUGAAGCGUGCUAAUGAGAUCAUAGGCACGACUACGGAAGAACUUGUCCUAAAGGCUAAACAGAGUCCAGCCCCUGCCUCUGCCUCUUCUUGAUUUAUUUCACUAAACAACUGUAAGCUUGUGAUUUUCUUUAGCUAUUGUUGUAGUUAUUUCUAAUUUCUCCAGUAGUUCACCAUUUCCAUUUUAUUUUUUCUUGUAUAUAACACGUGGUAUGUGCUGUUUGUAAUCAUGGAUGGCAUCAUGCCAAUGCCAAUGUAAGAAUGUAGUAGUUAGUGUAUAUGUGUUUGUUGAAGAAUGAACCUUAUUUUUCCGGAAUAGGACUCCAUUAUUUUUUCU